AAAGGAAAAAAUUUGUAGAAGCAAUCAAAGGCGCUGUCCGCGAUUUUGUGUAAAUUAUUGCAUUAAAGGUAAAAAGACUUUAUUAAAAUAAUAAAACUUUCUAAAUAAACCUUUUUGCUAAACAAUUUUGGUGAAUUUGAUUGAAGUUUUCUAAUGAAACGCACGUGAAAACGAAUUGAAACGGUUGAAAAUUGUGCUAACGAAGAGAAAAAUGCGAAGAAAUUUUAACGGGAAGAAAAAGGUGUUCAGAGUUGCUCGGUCUACUUCGCAGCGUUGUUGUUGCUGUCGUUAGCUCGGUAGCAGAGAUAGUGUCGCUUUCGAUUUUGUCGUGAGUGCAAAGGAUUUUGUGAAAAUCGAAGAAAUCGAAAUAAAGCUAUCUUCAAACAACUAAAAAACUGAUACUAAUUAAGAUAUAUAAAACAAUUUGAAAAAGAAGAUAAACUAAUAAAAGCGCAAGUUUAAAAGCCUUUGGUUUAUACUUGAAAGUAAUUAACGUCGCCAACAGCGCCGCUUUAUAAAUUCGAUCGGGCGUUUUGACAUUUGAUGACAUUUGCGCAGCAAAAGCGAACGUUUGGGUAUUUGCUCAAAGUGUGUAGUGGUUGAAUUUAAGUAACCAACGAGGAAUCAGGGAAAAGGAGAAAAUCAAUCAUUUUAUUUGGCAAACAGUUAGCUGUGAUUAAAUUUAUUAUCGUUAUGGUUUCCAUUGCUCUGUUCAGCUGAAAAGAAUAACAACUUUAUUCCCCUGGUUAAAUAUUUAUAUAUAUAAGACAAUGUCACCAAUAAAGUUGUGUUGACGCUGUCGGUAAAAAGCUUCUGAAUAUCAUAAGGGCACACGAGCACUUCAGAUCCGGUUCAAAAAAUAAGCGUGUGUCCAAGUAAGAAACAAAUAUUACUAUAGGCAAACGAGAAUUGCACAUACGGUACAAUUAAAACGGAAAAUAUAACUUAACCAAUGUAAUGAUAAAUUAGUAUAAAGCUUCAAUAGAACUGCAUUCAAUGUGCCAUUUCAUCUGGAGAUAAGGUUCAUACUAUUCCCAACAUUUAGUAUAUAAACACAUAUUUAACGUAGAUGCUUAAGUAAAGUAUUAGAUACCAAAAAAAAAAAUCAACAAAGGAUACACUACUGAAGAAUUCCCUCCACUUACUCGCAUCAGACAACAAAAUUACUACAAUCGCUGUUAUUUAAAUAAUUGCAUUUGGGCCACUAUAAAGAUAUCUCAUUCAACUAUUGUACUUCUAUUCAUAUUAAAGCUUACAGUUUGAGAACUAUAAUAAUCAAAGUUGGUUGAAAAUUACUCUCCAGAACUCGAAUUUAUAAGAUUUAUAAUAUUUGAGAACCUUGUAUUAACAAUAUUGAAAAAUCAACGAAUGAUAGUUCAAAGAAUAGCAUUAACAGUGAUGACUGGAUAGUUGUUUGUAUAAGCCUAUAUAGAGAAAAGGAGCAGAAAGCGUGGCAUUAACAAACAAAGCAGUUUGGAGAAUCACAUUUCUUAAGAAAAGAGCAAAAAUCGUCAUCCCUCUAAAAUAUUGAGACUCUUAAUAUUGAUUCAAGUUAUACUAGUUUUUAACUACACCUUUGUGUAAAUCAUAUUCGCAGGAGUGUGAGAACAUAAGAAGGAAGUACAACUGGUUACAAAAAAAAAAUACAAGGCAAAAAAAUGUCAUCGGGAACGUUUGUUGAUCGAAUUGAUCCAUUUGCCAAACGCUCGCUUAAAAAGAAAAGUAAAAAAAGUCAGGGUUCCUCACGUUAUAGAAAUUCUCAGGAUGUGGAGCUACAACAAUUGCCGCCGUUAAAAGCGGAUUGCUCAAGUUUGGAACAAGAAGAAUUAUUCAUUCGUAAGUUACGGCAGUGCUGUGUAUCUUUUGACUUUAUGGAUCCUGUAACGGAUUUAAAGGGCAAAGAAAUAAAGAGAGCUGCUCUAAAUGACCUCUCCAAUUAUAUAACACAUGGCAGGGGUGUGCUCACGGAACCGGUGUAUCCCGAAAUUAUACGAAUGAUUUCAUGUAAUUUGUUCCGUACACUGCCUCCCAGUGAAAAUCCUGACUUUGAUCCUGAAGAAGAUGAUCCAACAUUGGAAGCUUCAUGGCCACAUUUGCAGUUAGUCUAUGAAGUAUUUCUACGUUUCUUGGAAUCGCAGGACUUUCAAGCGACUAUAGGCAAACGUGUAAUUGACCAGAAAUUUGUUUUGCAGCUUUUGGAGCUGUUCGAUUCUGAGGAUCCACGCGAACGUGAUUUUUUGAAAACUGUUUUACAUCGCAUCUAUGGAAAAUUCUUAGGAUUACGCGCUUUUAUACGAAAACAAAUAAAUAAUAUUUUUUUGCGUUUUAUUUAUGAAACAGAGCAUUUCAAUGGUGUCGGCGAAUUACUAGAAAUAUUGGGCAGCAUCAUCAACGGAUUUGCCUUGCCUCUAAAGGCCGAGCAUAAACAAUUUCUUGUGAAGGUGCUAUUGCCUCUGCACAAAGUGAAAUGCCUUGGGUUAUAUCACGCUCAACUGGCAUAUUGCAUCGUACAGUUUCUUGAAAAGGAUCCAUACCUAACUGAACCGGUCGUACGUGGUUUGCUUAAGUUCUGGCCAAAAACAUGUUCACAAAAAGAGGUUAUGUUUUUGGGUGAGAUCGAAGAGAUAUUGGAUGUAAUUGAUCCACCACAAUUUGUGAAAAUACAGGAGCCAUUAUUUCGACAGAUCGCCAAAUGUGUGUCAAGUCCGCAUUUUCAAGUUGCUGAACGCGCCCUUUUCCUAUGGAAUAAUGAAUAUGCAAUGUCCUUGAUAGAGGAGAAUAACGCCGUCAUUAUGCCGAUAAUGUUUCCGGCGCUGUACAGAAUUAGUAAAGAGCAUUGGAAUCAGACGAUCGUUGCCUUGGUUUACAACGUGCUAAAAACAUUUAUGGAAAUGAACUCGAAGCUUUUUGAUGAACUAACAGCUAGCUAUAAAGCUGAGAGGCAAAAAGAGAAAAAGCGGGAGCGUGAUCGCGAAGAAUUGUGGAAGAAAUUACACGAACUAGAAAUAAAUCGUGCAAAAAGCGGCAGUGCCGUAGGCACGUCAGUGGCUAAUUCGGUGCUAGGAGCUGGAGGCAGUGGCGGCAGUGCCGCCGGCUCGCAACAAAUCAACUCUUAUCAACAACAACAAUCGAAUGCUAGCUUGGUAAACAGUGGAAGUGGUGGCGGUUCUGGUGACAACAAUCCUGCCUUGCUUAGCGGCGGUGCACAAAGUGGCGGUACCUCAGCAAAUCCUGGCGGUACGAACGCCUUUGCCAAAGCCAAAGCGGAAAAGGCAGAUAAUUAAACAAUGAGGCGACGAUCAAUUGUAAGAAAGAAAGAAACAAAAAGAAGAAAUAUAAAACACAUAAACUUAAUAAUAAUAAUAGUUUAGUGGAGUCUAAAAACCUUAAAAGAAAUAUUGGUGUUGUUAGUCAAUAAAGAAUCUUGGCAUUUGUGCGUCUACAACCCAGUGUAAGCCACAAAAAGAGGAGAAGAGAAUAUUUUUAAGUAAACUUGAAGUCCCUAUCGAAGUUAAACAAAAAUAAAGGAGAAAAAAAAUUGAAGCACCACACCAACAUGAUCAAAGUAAAAUCGUUUCAUCACCAUAAUAGAUAACCGGUAACAUUACCAUGAAAUCUGAUCAGUACUAGAAAAAUAAGAGGAUGAAGCUAAAUGUUGAUAAUAAUAGAAGAAUAAAAUAAAUAAAUGAAUAAAAAUGCCGGUAUUAAGAGCAUCAGAGUAUGGAUGUACAUUGGAGAGGCAGUAAACACUUACAACUGGGAUCGUGGUAUUACACAAAACAAAAGGAAAGCGUAUGAAAAGCUUAAAUAUUAAAAUUAUAUUAUGAAUAUAAAAUACCUAUUAUUUUACGAUUAAAAAAAUAUUAAAUAUAAAAAAAUUAAAUAAUUAUACAAGUAUAUGAGGAGGAUAAAAAUGCAAAUAAUAAACAUAAUAUAAUAUAUAGUGCAGAAAUGUUAGAAAUUGUAAACUAACCAAUGUAGUACAGCGAGUCUUUCUCUUUAGAACAAUACUAACACUACAACAACUAAAAACAAGAAAACACUCCUUGCUAUUAUUCUACACUAUAUUUGAAUAAUUAACUGGCGUUAAAAAACUGAGCAUAGGCCAAAAACUGCAACACUCAUAUGCUUUUAAUAUACCUACAUUUACUAAAACAUUUAUACUAAAUCAUUUUCAGUUAGUUUCAAAAGUGCGAAAAAGGUUAAAAAAUAAACAACCUUUAAGUUUAUACUACUUUAGUUUGUGUUAGUAAGAUUUUUUUUUUUUUUUCAUUAAUUUUAUUUUGAGAAAAAACUAUAUUUUUUAAUUUUUCCACCAACGGUUUCUGUGCAAAAUAGUAUAUUGCUUGGAUAUAUAUAUGCGUAUAUGUAAUCUUUAGUACAUUAACAAUAAAAUUGAAGGGAUAUUUAUUAAGUAUAAAAGAUGAAUUAUUUUUUACUGCUAACAGCACGAUUGAACAAGUUCUAGUAGAAGAAGAAAUAUGUAAAUAUGCACUGAUAUCUACAGUAUUCAAUAGUCAGAAAAGGCGUUCAGAACCACACAAAGAAGGUAACACAAACAUAAGCAAACAAAAAAGUAAAAAAAAAGAAAUGGCGUAAAAUUUAGAAAAAUGCAUGUAUUUCACACACAAUUGAUACCAAUUAUUAUGUCGUUACUAAAAGAAAAUUUAUUCUUUUGUUUAGUAAGUUUCAAAUCCCAGUAGCAAAAUGAGCAAAUAAAGUAUGUAUAUAAAAUGUUUGCAUAUUAUGAUCAAACGUUGUUGAUGAGCCGCUGCCGAUAAGAUUUUAUGUGUGACCGAUUCCAGUUACGAACGACUGCUAGAAAUUAUAAUAUAAAAUUAAUGAUCCAUACGCAAAAGCUUAUACAAUUCGGAAAAAAAAAUGUUAUAACUCAAUCGUACUCUACAUGCAUACAUACAUAUGUAUAAUUCGUAUUUAUACAAAAAGUGAGCGACUAAAAAUUUAUUGUGUGCUUGGGUGCGUGCGUGUUGUGUUGAUACGAGUGCAAUAAAAUUCGGUAAAGCCUAUAUCUGCGCUGACAAGAUAAAAAGCGUAGCAAAAACCUCUCUGAAUGUCAAAAGGAAAUAAAUAAAUUAAAAGAAGAAGUAAUAAAGAAUAAAAUGUUAUAUCUCACCCUUAUGCAUCCAUACGUAUAUACAUAUUCAUACAUUCGCACCUACAGUUCUGAAUAUUAGUAAUGAACUACAAACAAACACAAGUAACAUACAUACACACAUUUUGAAGGUGGUAGCGUACGUGCCAAUCUAACCAAAUCGGCUCAAUACGCUUGCUAAUUUUUGAUUUUCUAUUAAAAAAAAAACACUUUUUUUUGCUUAGUUGAGCAAUACAGUUAAAAGUUUUUCAGAACAAUAAUUUCCUUAUGUUCAUAUGCAUUUGUAUAUACAAACAAACAUACAUAAAUAAAAACAAAAGUGGUUAUAAUUUUUCUGAGUUCCCGCCAAACAAUUCAUUUCGAUUUGUGUAGUUGUAAUUGUAUAUGAAAGUACUACUUUAUAAAGAUUUGCGUUUCAUUUAAUUAAAAGAAAAUUAUUCAAAUUAUUUAUAUCUGCAUAUACAAAGUUGUUAAAUUUGAAUUCAUUGCAUUUAAAGUGAAUGUAAAUGUAUUUUGCUUGAGCGAGAAUAAAAUAAUAGAUGGUUUAUAUUGAUUUGUGAACUAGAAGUUUUCUAUAUACAAUAAAUAUUACGAUAUAUUCAUCACAGUCAACCCUGCUUAAUGGA